AUGGAUACUGUUAGUCUUCAACUAGCUAAACAAAAGACGGAAGCAGUACUCAUCACCAGCAGAAAAACUAGAGAGACCAUUAAACUGAAAGUCGAUGAACAAGAGAUUAUAUCACAACCUGACACCCAAUACUUAGGAGUGAUACUUGACGCCCGACUAAAUUUUAAACAGCAUGUAAAACAAGUAAGUGACAAAGCAUCUGUAGUGAGAACUUGUCUUGCACGAUUGAUGCCUAACAUCGGCGGACCAAAGCAGAGCAGAAGACUUACACUUUCAUCAGUAGUUGCGUCAGUGCUCACUUAUGGAAUACCUAUUUGGGAAGACGCACUAGAGCUCCAAGAAUCAUGGAGAAAAGUUGGUCCUGUAUACCGCUUGAGUGCUUUACGAGUAGUAUGCGGCUUCCGCACAAUAUCUGAGAAAGCGGUAUGUGUCAUUGCCGGGCCUCUGCCUCUUAGAGUCUUAGCUCAGGAAAGACAAAAUCUUUACCAAUGCAAGAGGUCAACGACACUAAGCGCUGAUGAUCUCAGAACCAAGAACGUCGUAACAGCAUAA